UUAUAUUUAAGGUCACUGUCGAUGGUUCUGAGAGACUGUUGUUAUUGUCAGCAAAUCAUAUAAAUGUCCACUUGUCUGUGUUUCACUGCACAUUCAGCAUCUAAAAAACAGCAGUCGUAGACAAGAGACCCAUUCUUCAGUUCACUGGUCAUCACAUUACUUCAGCCAGUGGUGGUGAAGCUAUGGUUGGCAGCCAAUUGGGGGCUGGGCUCAGAGUCAGACGGAGACGGAACGGCAAUUUUUCUACAAGCAUCUGACCUGAACAGUGUGCUGGAGCGCUCACAUAAAAAACACGCGCCAUCGCUAUACACAAGGAGGAACACACGGAAAUUCUACGCUCGAAAAAUCGUUUUCAGCUACAAAUUAUAGAUUAAAAUUAGAACACCCGCGCCAAACAGUUUAUAAAGAAUUUACUUUACUGUCAACCUCCUCCUGCGCUGUGCAUCGAGGCUUUUCAUGUCUAGGAGCAGAGAGGGAGUAGAGCCCCAACAGCGGCAGUGAGUCCCUGGGAUGCACAGCCGACCCGUUCCCCCUAAUUCUCUCAGGCCUCCAGAAGCUGAAGACCGGCUGCCAUUGAGAGAUUGUGUGGCUGUCCCACUGAGCAGCAGCCACCAUGGCCCUGAUUCAGGCUCCACCCAUGCCGGCUGAGCGUCACCACACCCCUGGCCUCAACGGAUCCCCCCGCCGCCACCCCUCUGCCUCCCACACGCCCACUAACCGCCCCUCCACCUCACCCGCCUCCAACUCCCAGGAGGCCAUGGGCUCCGUCAGCAGCCUCAUCGCCCACCGCCCCGGCCCGGCCUACCUGGAGUGUCAAUACCGGCAUGUUGAUAUUGGUCCCGAGCCGGGAACUUCCAGGCUCCACAGAACCACAUUGGGGGCCACUUCUUGCCUGGGCUCCUCCGACACAUCCCAGGAUCCACUGCUCAGUAGCCUCACUCCGCCUGGCAACAGAAAGCCCUUGAUGGUGAUUGGCUCCAGUAAGGACAGCGGGACCAAUGGGAAUUACUCGUAUCUGAACCAGCACUAUGUGGGGGACUGGAAUGACAACCUAGUGGCUAACGGAAGCCCAAGGACCGGGAUUGACACUGAGGAGGGGCAGCUGGGGAGCCUCAAUGGGAAUGUAGGAGGAGCCCCGCCCAAACUGGUCCUCGUAUCGGGGAAGCUGGAGAAGAACAUGGAGAAAACAGUAAUCCGGCCCACCGCCUUCAAACCAGUCAUCCCCAAGAGCCGCAACUCCAUGCAGUACCUCUCCCCUCGCCACGACCGGGCCAGCCUAUCAGACAGCCAGAACAAUCUCAACCUGUUGUCACCUGGUAGCCAGACGGACAUUCUGUCGCCCUGCUCGGAGAAACGCACCUCCCACAGCGGCGGGCGCCACGUGGGCGGGGGCAGUCAGACCUGCUCCAUGUCUGACUCGGGCCGGAACUCCCUGUCGAGCCUGCCACCCUAUGGCAGCAUCCCCUACAAUCUGCCGCCCGCAGACACCCCGCUUGGCAGUGGCCACCUAGAGCCCAUGAAGACGGCGCCCGGCAAUGUGCACGGGCACUCCAACUCGGAUAGCGGGCGCUCCUCGUCCAGUAAGAGCUCGGGGUCGCUGAGCGGGCGCGUCCAGCCUCUGUUGGACAGUGGGUCGAGCGGGCGGUCGCCAGCCCCCGUGGAGGGGGGGUACGAGGGGGUGGUGAGGGACCUGGAGGAUAAGCUGAGGGAGAGAGACGUGGAGCUGCAGCAGCUCCGAGACAACCUGGACGAGAACGAGAUGGCCAUUUGUCAGGUGUAUGAGGAGAAGCAGAAGCGCUGUGAGCUGGAGCUGGAGGAGCUGCGUCAGACCUGCGCCACACGGAUGCAGACACACUCCCAGAAGGCCCAGCGUGCCCAGCAGGUCCUCCAGCUGCAGGUCUUCCAGCUGCAGCAGGAGAAGAAGAAGCUCCAGGAGGACUUCAGCCAGCUGCUGCAGGAGAGGGAGCAGCUGGAGGAGCGCUGCACCUCUUACGAGCAUGAGAAGAUCGACCUAGGGCCCCGGCUGGAGGAGACCAAGUGGGAGGUGUGUCAGAAGUCUGGGGAGAUCUCCUUGCUGAAGCAGCAGCUGAAGGAUGUCCAGGGGGAGCUGGCUCAGCGCGUGGGGGAGAUUGUCUCUCUGCGUGGCCAGCUUCGGGACUCCCGUGGCGAGCUCGCCACAAGCCAGGCCCUGCUACAAGAGGCCACCUCUGCCGGCCGCCUGCGUACCCUGGAGCUGGAGGUGUGCCAGAACGAGCUGCAGCGCCGCAAGAGUGAGGCCCAGCUCCUCCGCCAGAAGGUGGGCCGCCUGGAGGAGGAGACGGCCCGCCUCCUCCCUGAUGCCGCGGCCAAUCAGACAAGCCCCCAGGACCCCGCCCACAAUGGUAGUGGAGGCAGGCAGUGCCAGGCCUUCCCUGAGGGGGAAGAGCCACAUUUGUUGACCUAUGAGAGCGACGAGGCCAAGGCCAAGCGGGCCUAUGAGAGCGAGGCCCUCCAAAGCCUCCGGGUGCAGAUGGAGAGUCUGAGGGCGGAGUUAGCCACAGAACGCCAACGGGGGGAGGAGCAGGCGUGCAGCUUUGAGGAGGAGCACAGGGUCUGGCAGGAGGAAAAGGACAAGGUGAUCCAGUACCAGAAACAGCUGCAGCAGAACUACGUGGGGAUGUACCGGAAGAACCGGGAGCUGGAGGGAAUGCUGCGGGAGCUCAGUCUAGAACUGGAGACCCGGGACGAGCUGGAGGAGCAGGACGAAGGCAGUGGCAACGAGAUCAACUUUGACGAGAUCACCGCUACUGAGAUCUGACACCACCACCUUCUCUCUCUGUGUCUUCCCCUCUCUCUAUCCGCCAUAUGCAUGUGAUCCACUAGGAGCAUCUACAGGAAGCCACGAGAGCCUCUAUAAUUGCUUAGUAGGUCACUUUAGAAUCCUUCAGUAGGUCUCCAUCAGGGUCAGUAUGGUAUGUAGCAGUCUUUUUAUAGUUGGUCUACUCUGCCUAUGUUCCUGCGCUUCCACUUCGUCUCACAAAUGUCUUCUUAUGGUUGACUCCCUCUGGCUAAUGUCGACGCACGCGCACACACACUUCCACAAAAGAAUGCGCGCACACACACAGCGGCUGUUUCUAGUCUAUAUUUCAAAAUGCAGUUGGCGCAUGGACAUUCUAAGCAGAUAUGACUCAUUUGGUUUGUUUCCUUACCUUUUUAAGAUUAAGCUGGGCUUAUUGUGUUAAAUCUAAUAGAAGACUACCAACAUGUCUAAGACCUUGAUAUUAAGCACACUAACGUACCACUGCGACAAGCAGCUUUGGAGGGUUGAAAUUAUUGGGCCUUUCUGGAACUGGAGCAACCCAAUUUCAGCCCUUAUUGGCUUUAAAUCGUACAAACGCAGUGUGAUCUGAUGUGACAGUGGGAGAGUACGCUGACCGGGAGAGUGAUGGUGGAGUCAGAUGAGUCUCGUACAGCUUGGAGGAGAUAAAUCCUGUCUUUCUGUGGUAUUCACUGAACAUCAUGUAACUCCUCCUAUUCCCUAGAAAUGUGUACUUCCUCCUUAUUCACUGUGUGUUCUUGGGAGGUAGAGCCUGAUAACACUUGUUUUCUUCGGAGUGUUCUCAAAUACAACAGGUUCAUUGGCAAAAAAAAAAAGAAGGGAAGCGCUUCAAUGUUACGAUUACCAAAGGUCUCCUCAUUCCAUGACAUAUUUGAGUAUCUAAAUAUGGACAUUAGUGAUCUCGAAUUUCCCUAUUACACACACACACACACACACAGGAUGUAAUUUCAUUUGGAAUUUGCACAGUAUCAUCAGCGAGCAAAACGGACACCGUGGAAAUUCAAAAGGAAACAUGUCAUUAAAGCACACUCUGAUAUGCUUUCUAUUGUUGUGAAGAUAAUCUGCUUUCCUUUUUGUGAUCUGUCUCUCGCAGAAGUACAAUAGCAUGGAUGGAUUCAUCUAUGUGGAUCGUUGUUUCUCUGAAAAUAUUUGUAUGCAGCUCUGGCCGUUUUGUGAACGUGCUUUUUGUACAGGUGAGAGGAGCUUGGUCUUUUAUAAAGUAAAAUUAGACUGGCCAAACUAUGACUGUUAUCUUUUCAAAUUCUGUAUAAAGAAGUACACCCAUUCACAAAAGACAGACACUUACUGUAAAUGUCCCCCAUAUCGCUGUUAACCCUUCAUUGUAGAUAUCCCUAGUACUGACAAAUCACAUAUGGGGAAAUAUAGAUAUGAUCUAUUUCAAAAUAAACAUAGCCACUGUGAAUAGACCAAAGCAAUGUCCCAUGUCCUUACAGUACCAUGUCUGCAUAUUGACAUUUGAGUGAAUGCCACUUCCAUGGUUCAAUAUUUCAUUUUUUUUAAUCCUCAGCAUUUGUAUGAAGACAUUAAAUGUAUAUUUUCAUGCUGUAAAUUUAUUGUACCAACUGACUGUUUUUAAUAAAACCAUUGAUAAAAAUGCA